AUGGUGAAGAGAAUGAACGACGGGGGGGCCAGUACUACUACUACUAAUAAGAGUAAGAGUACAAAAAAGGACUCCCCAUCGGAGACAAACAAUAAAAGUAGCAGUGGUGGUGGUUGGAACCCAUCUUCUUUCGUUGGAGGCGCCUCGGCCGGUCUCGUCGCCUCGGCCACGUUGCAACCGUUUGAAGUUAUAAAAACGCGCAUGCAAGUACCAGGAGGACAAGGUGGUGCGAAUAACAUAUUCUCCACCGCUUCCAGAGUGGUGAGAACGCAAGGGGUUUUAGCUCUGUGGAGCGGAGUGUCCGCGUCGUGCAUACGAACGACCGCCGGGGCUGGCUUAUAUUUCUUCGUUUUGGACAAGAUGCAAAAAGAGGUGAAGCAGUGGCAAAAGAAGAAAUACGCGAACGGCGAGAAGAAACAAUCGGAAUUUGAGAAUAGCGUGCAAACGUUUAUGGUUGGGGCGGUAUCGAGAGCGUCGAUUGCAACUUUGUUAAACCCGAUAUCGGUGGUAAAAACGAGAUUAGAAUACGGCGGUGGACCGGAAUAUAAAAGGUCGGUAGGUAGAAUGUUGGUGGAUAUCACCAAGAAGGAAGGCGCGAAAGGUUUGUUUAGCGGGAUUGUCCCGACAAUUUUAAGAGACGCGCCGUUUUCCGGAUUGAACUUGUUAGUAUUUAUGAAAGCGAGAGAAUUCACGGCGUCGUUGGCGGAGAAGCAGGGGAGGGAAGUGUCGUCGUACGACACGCUGUUGUGCGGGGCGUUCGCUGGCGGGUUCGCCACGUUUCUCACGCAACCGCCGGACGUGUUGCGAACGAGACUACAAAUUCAGAGAAAUUUAGAUAGGAAUAUUAAACCGAUGGUGACUUUUAGUUCGAUUUUAGCAGAAAAAGGGUUGAGAGGAUUGUACGUUGGAGCGGUACCGAGAAUCGCCAGAAGGACAUUUCAACAGGCGAUUACGUGGAGUUUGUUUGAGUUUGUCUCCAAACAGUUAGGCGGAACGGGCUCCGAAAAUUGGAAGAAAUAG